AGUGUCGUGGUACUGAGAGCAGAAGCGUCUGUGACUGGGACGCAUGUGGCUCCUGGAGGUCUGAGGAGAAGCCGGUGAAGCAAAAUAGGAACACUCUCUCCUACUAUCUACUAUCCCUCAGGUGUUUAGUGCAAAUUUUGAAUUUCAGAACUAGAACUGGAAGAUACACAGGCAUAUGAAAGAUACUUAAGAGUCAAAAGGAUUAUAGAGAAACGUAAGAUUUAUUUUGCAACAUACCGUUUCCUCUGAAGAGUAUCAGCUGAAAUCAAAAGAGCGGAAUGAAUUGUUGUUUAUUGCUACCUUUUAUGCUGGGAAUCCUUCCCCUAUGGCCUUGUCUUAGCACGACAGCAAACUCUAAAACGGAGGAAGUUAAGCACCCAAUGGGGUCUCAUUGGAGAGUGAAGCGUGGCUGGAUGUGGAACCACUUUUUUGUACCUGAGGAAAUGAAUAACAUUCCUUAUCACAUUGGCCAGUUGAAAUCUGAUCUAGACAAUGGAAACAACUCUUUCCAGUACAAGCUUUUGGGAGCUGGGGCUGGAAGCAUUUUUGUCAUUGAUGAAAGGACAGGUGACAUAUAUGCCAUCCAGAAGCUUGAUAGAGAAGAACGGUCCCUCUACACUCUUAGAGCCCAGGUAAUAGACACCACUACUGGAAGGGCUGUGGAACCUGAGUCUGAGUUUGUCAUCAGAGUUUCGGAUGUCAAUGACAAUGAACCACAAUUCCUAGAUGAACCUUAUGAGGCCAUUGUACCAGAGAUGUCUCCAGAAGGAACAUUUGUCAUCCAGGUGACAGCAAGAGAUGCUGAUGACCCUUCAAGUGGCAAUAAUGCUCGUCUCCUGUACAGCUUACUGCAAGGCCAACCAUAUUUUUCCAUUGAACCAACAACAGGUGUCAUAAGAAUAUCUUCUCAGAUGGAUAGAGAACUCGAAGACGAAUAUUGGGUAAUUAUUCAAGCCAAAGAUAUGAUCGGUCUGCCUGGAGCACUGUCUGGAACAACGAGUGUAUUAAUUAAACUUUCUGAUGUUAAUGACAAUAAACCUGUAUUUAAAGAAAGUUUAUACCGCAUGACUGUCUCUGAAUCUGCACCCACUGGCACUUUUAUAGGAAGAAUCAAGGCAUAUGAUAAUGACAUUGGAGAGAAUGCAGAAAUGGAUUACAGCAUUGAAGAAGAUGAUUCACAAACAUUUGACAUUAUUACUAAUAAUGACAACCAAGAAGGAAUAGUUAUAUUAAAAAAGAGAGUGGAUUUUGAGCACCAGAAGCAGUAUCGUAUUCGAGCAAGAGUUCAAAACCGCCAUGUUGAUGAGCAACUCAUGAAAUACCAUGCUGAACCUUCCACAACCUUGAUUAAGGUCCAGGUGGAAGACGAUGACGAACCUCCUGUCUUCCUCCUCCCAUAUUACGUAUUUGAAAUCUUCGAAGGACGGCCCCAUGGGUCUUUGGUGGGCAUGGUUUCUGCCACAGAUCCAGAUCAGAGGAAAUCUCCUAUCUGGUAUUCUAUUACCAGAAGCAAAGUGUUCCAUAUUGAUGAGAAUGGCACAAUCAUCACAACUAACCCCCUUGACAGAGAGAUUAGUGCUUGGCACAACCUAAGUAUUACAGCCACAGAAGAAUACAAUACACAACAGAGCUCUGCAGUUCCUGUGUAUGUGCAAGUUCUUAAUGUCAAUGACCAUGCUCCUGAGUUCUCUGAAUAUUAUGAGACUUAUGUUUGUGAAAAUGCAGGCUCUGGUCAGAUAAUUCAGAUCAUCAGUGCAGUGGAUAGAGAUGAAUCUAUAGAAGAUCACCAUUUUUACUUUAAUUUAUCUGUGGAAGACUCAAAGAACGCUAGUUUUGCAAUCAUUGAUAAUCAAGAUAACACAGCUGUAAUUUUGACUAAUAGAACCGGUUUUAGCCUUCAAGAAGAGCCUGUCUUCUACAUAUCCAUCUUAAUUGCUGACAAUGGAAUCCCAUCACUGACGAGUACAAACACCCUCAGCAUUCACGUCUGUGACUGUGAUGACGAUGGCAGUACACACAGCUGCAGUAAUAAGGAUUUUAUGCUUUCCAUAGCAUUCAGGACAAAGAUCAUAAUCGCUGUUCUGAUAUGCGUCGUGGUAAUAUUUGGGUUUAUUUUUCUGAUCCUAGGUCUGAAACAUCGAAGAAAGCAGUCUCUGUUUCCGGAGAAAGGUGAAGACUUCAGAGAGAAUAUAUUCAGAUAUGAUGAUGAAGGGGGCGGAGAAGAAGACACAGAGGCCUUUGACAUUGCAGAGCUGAGGAACAGCGCCACCAUGCGGGAGCGGAAGGCUCGGAAAACCACCCCUGCGGACAUCCGGAGCCUGUACAGGCAGUCGUUGCAGGUUGGCCCAGACAGCGCCAUAUUCAGGAAAUUCAUCCGAGAAAAGCUCGAAGAAGCUGACACCGACCCUUGUGCCCCUCCUUUUGAUUCCCUCCAGACCUAUGCUUUUGAGGGAACAGGGUCAUUGGCUGGCUCCCUGAGCUCCCUAGGAUCAGCAGUCUCCGAUCAGGAUGAAAAUUAUGAUUACCUUAAUGAGCUGGGACCUCGCUUUAAAAGAUUAGCAUGCAUGUUUGGUUCUGCUAUGCCGCCAAAUAAUUAGGGCUUUUAAAUUAAAAAUAAAUAAAUAAAUAAAUGCUAAUGUGUCCUGGGGCAAGCUGGUAGUCUCUUGGUAAAGAGUUGCAUGCCCUAGUUCUCUGGGGAGAAGAAGAAACAAAAAAAGAAAAUGACCUGAUUUAUAGUGUUUUCUAUAUAUGAAAACACUAUUUACUCUUGGAGUAGAUGCUCUGUGGUUAUUUCAAUCCACCCAUAAUGUUGUCACGGAAUGCAGAUGUGGGAAGAGAUGCCAGCAAUCAGCUCUUGGAUGCCAGUGCAAGCCAACUCUAGCAUACCACUGACAUAGUCUUCUAGCAUUUUCUUCAGCACCAUCCAAUACAGAUUCUCAAAGUUUGUGAAUGUUUAAUGUGAGAAAGGCACUGAACCUAGACUAUCUCAAUAUAAUCUCACUUAAAUGUUUAUUAAAUCUUACCAAGUAAGAGAACAGUGUUUAUGUGUGUUAAGUUCCUGAUAUUAUACAGAGAUAAACACCUAGGAAAAUAUGGAUAAUUAUAUAAAACUUGAAAAAGCUAUUCAGUUUACAUGAAUAAGCAAGUUUCUUACUAGGAUUCUGUAAUUCAUUCGACUUUGAUGUUUUAAAAUCUUUGUCAAGACCACACUUUAAAACUGAUUCCAUAUUUAGACAGAUAAUUUGUAUAUUUUAAUUAAUCUAAUAUAUAACGUGUUGUAUUAUUUUUUUAUAUUACAGCUGUGUAUGAAAAGAGGCAUAAAAUAUAUUUAGGAGUAUUUCAUAAAUUGUUUUCUUGUGUAACCAAAACAUAUCUUUAUCAUGUCACAAUACAAUGACAAAAUACAU